ACAGCAAGGAAUUACCGUCGGUGCCGACAGAGCGAUGCAAAGUUCACCCAUUGAAGCUCGUGGACAUGUACUGUGCUGAUCAUGACUCGGUUGGAUGUCAUGUCUGCUUUACGAUCAAUCAUAACCAUGUCAAGAUAUCCACUACAUUCCCGAAUAUGUUGAAACGACUAAACUGGCGAAAAAUAUCAGGCAGAUAAAUGAUGAAAUGGACAAAACAAUUUCCGAAAUGGAUAACUUGAUGAAAAAGAAACAAAAAGAUAUAGAAGAUAAUAUGAAAACAAAGGUUACCUUCUUAAAAGAAAUCGAAGCAUUUAGGAAAGAAAUCAACGAAGCUUUGGAUCGACUUGAACAAGCUUCUGUCACUGAAGUAGACGAAAAUUGUGGUAAAAUGGACCAAGAGUUGCGAAUGGAAUUGAAGACAAUACAGGAAACUCUCGAUAAACUUACUACAUGUAAAGCUGAAAUGGUAUCAGCACAGAGGAAUUCAUCGCAACAGUUUGUUAAUAUGAAGAUAUCCGAGAAUAUAAUAUCGGAUAUGAAAAAGGCCACAUUACGAUCGACAAAUGUACUGAAAGAUAGCAUGUCGUUUGAGAGAAAUUCAGAGAUACUGCAUUUCCUUCGAAAUCAUGAAUCACUUGCAAAGAAGCCACUUCUAAUGAAGCACGGGCUUUACGAAGUUCAAAGCAAGAAAAGCUACAAUGUAAAGUUGAAUGACGACGUCAGUACUUGUGAUAUUUGGUCUUCUUGUAUACUUGACUCUGGUGAUAUUUUGUUAGCAGACUAUGAAAACAAGAAAAUAAAACUUGUUGACUGUGAAACUUACAGAGUGCGAAAUUCAUUGAAGGUGUCCACCGAGCCUCAAUCUGUAUGCAAGAUUAGUAAUGUGGAAGCAGCGGUAAGCCUUUACAAUAAUACUGUACAGUUUGUGUCCACCAAGAAUAAGCUUGCGCCUACACGCUCACUGACGUUUGGUCAUUUUUGUAGAGGUAUUGCUGUUAUGGAUGGCCAUCUGGCAAUAAGUUAUCUAUCAAAGGCAUAUAUCUACACAAUGAAUGGACAGUACCUGAAGACAAUAGAAAAAGACAGGUUCGGAAGUAACAUGUUUCAUCAGAUUCGUGAGACUUGCUCGAGUGAUAACGGUAGGACAAUUCACAUGGUUGAUGAUAUGAAAGAUCUGGUAACUAUCGGCAGAGACGGUAAUGUUAUGUGGCAAUAUUCUAGCCAAGAAAUAAAGGAUACCUGGGGAGUAUGUACAGACGGAAAUGGCAAUGUGUUUGUGAGUGGUGCGGUAUCGAGAAAUGUUACACAACUAGGAUCUGACGGGGCGUAUCUUGGAGAAGUUGUCUCUAAAGCACAUGACUUAAAUUGUCCAAGAGCAAUAAGCUUCCAUAGGAAACAACGCAAGCUGUUUGUAACGGAUAGCAACGAACUACACGUAUUUCGCGUUCAAUAAUUGGAGUUCGCUUCUGUUUAAUGUAUACAGAAAAAGCUUUAGAUGACAUUUUGUUUUACUUAUAUCUAUGUAUAUGUGUUAUAUUUUUAUUACAAAGACGCUGUGAAGAGUAUUUAAACGCGCAUAUAAAUAUUUUGAAAAUGUUUGAACUCUGUCAGACUAACAUAGUUUGCAUGAUUCUUAGAAGAUAAAUAUAAAUAUUUGCCCAUUGCUAUCUGAAUCAGUUUUACGUUAUAAGUACACUAAUUGCAUUUGAUCAUGUAGAUUUUCUUAUUUUGUCAGUGGCAAAAUUUCUUCAAUGAAAACAUGCAAUAGUAACGUAGAUUUUGGUGCCUUCUUUCAUCCUUGAUCUGCCUGCUCCCUACAUUCUGAUAUAUCAUUUGAAUGCAUCAAAUAAUUAAUUGUAUUGUUAUAUCAAUACUUUAAAUUCACAAUAAUUUAUAAUAAUAAACAGCAAUCAUCAUAGAAGCAGUGAUUUUAUUUCCUCUUAUUUCUUUUCUGCAUAAAUAGAUCCUGAGGAUAUUUGUUUCUUUGGAACAAAUUUCUCCGAGAAGUGGGACAAUUGUUAUAUUUUGACGUGAAAUGUGAAUAUUAUCUAAAAUAUUCCAAAUUAAAGAAAAGCAAACAUA